AUAACAGUGAUUGAAAAAAAUGUUCUGUCUAAGAACGAUCAUUUUAAUACUUCGAUUUCAUUCACCGCUUUAAUGCUCUGUUUUUGUAUGACAGAAACUUUCAGAAAAAACGGCUAUAUUGCCUAUUGCCCUUGCAUGGGACGUUUCGGCAAUCAAGCAGAUCAUUUUCUAGGAGCCUUAGGAUUCGCCAAGUCUUUGAAUCGUACUUUAUUGUUACCAGCAUGGGUUGAAUUUCGUACAGGAGAAACGAGAUCUAUACAAGUACCUUUUGAUACCUAUUUCAAUGUUUCGCAAGUACAAAAUUGCCACAAAGCAUUAUUGAUGGAGGACUUUAUGAGGGACAUUGCACCGAGAGUGUGGCCACCUGAGGAAAGAGUAUCAUUUUGUUAUUCACUCCGUAUGGGAAGCAAGGAAAAGUCCUGCAAUGCUAAACAAGGAAAUCCGUUUGGUCCUUUUUGGGAUACGUAUAAUGUAGAUUUUGUUCAAUCAGAAUUUUAUGGUCCACUCCAUUACGAUAUGUAUCACACUGAUAUGAAAGUACAAUGGCGAAAACGCUACCCAGCCGCGACUUGGCCAGUACUAGCAUUCACAGGUGCACCCGGUAGUUUUCCGGUUCAAUUUGAAAACAAGUAUCUACAGAAAUGUCUCAUUUGGAAUAACGAUAUGCUUAAUAAAGCAAAAACAUUUAUAAAGAAGAAAUUACCAAAAGGUGCAUUUGUCGGCAUACAUUUGCGGAAUGGAAUUGAUUGGGUACGCGCCUGCGAGCAUGUAUCAUUUACACCGAAUCUCUUUGCCGCGCCUCAAUGUCUUGGAUAUCGUAAUGAACGCGGCAAAGCAACCAUGUCUAUGUGCUUACCAUCGUUCGAAUUAAUAGUACGUCAUCUGAAACGUGUCAUUCGCAAUGGCAAUGAUAUCAAAUCGGUGUUUGUGGCAUCCGACAAUAAUUACAUGCUAGAUAAGCUUGGGGAAGCUUUAGCACGUAUGAAAAUACCAGUAUUUCGACAAGAACCGCCAGCAUCACCCCAUUUGGAUUUAGCAAUUCUCGGAAGGGCGAACUAUUUUAUAGGAAAUUGCAUUUCUUCCUUUUCUGCUUUUGUAGCCAGAGAAAGAGAAGUCAAAGGAUUCCCAACAUUUUUCUGGGGUUUUCCUAAUGAAAGAUCUACACAUCAUUUAGAAUUGUAAUUUUGUGAAAUAUGUUAAUGAUACAAAUAAUGAAUCAUUUUUCAUAAUUUAUUAUAAUUAAAUAUAUUAAAAAACUAAUUAACAUUAAUUUUGGAAAUAUAUACAAUUGUAACGCGCACAA